ACACCCUGCAACAACAUGCAGCCGAUAAAUCGAGAAAACACCGACAACGCUUCCUUGUCAGCAUCGAAAAACACUGGAAUUAAUUUCGCCAUAUUUUUCUCGCAAACAUAAACAAGCCACUUUUUAGGUCAGCGCUCUAUUAUCAGAUAAUGCGGCGCGCGGAUAAGUGAUAACGACUCCCUUUGUCUCGGCAAGGCCGAAACAAGCUCUUAAUUUUAGAAAACACUAAAAGGAGCAUGGGACGCAGUGUUGCAACUUAAAAAAGUUUAGUUCCUUAUCAAAAAAUUUUAGUGAGAUUCGAUGGUCACUAAAGAAAAGGCGGGAAACGUUAACAGAUGACAGAUCUCGACUUCGCAGUAAUUAUAAAUUCUGAUAACAAUAUUAUAAUUUUGUGAUUAUACAUAUUAUAUAUACUAUAAUUGCAAGUGUUCUGUGAUUGUAACUGGCAGCAGAGAUAUUCACAUCUUCCGACUUCCUGUGAUUGCUGGGACCUGCGACUGUUCUGUCUUUAGACUGCAAUAGCACGUAGUUUUACGCUCCAGCUUACAGACAGUAGACAGUUUUAUUAGAGCAAUACAACAUGGAUCACCCGGAUCAAGUAUCAUCAGAAACGUGUAUACACUGUGGAAAAAAAUUUGCCAAUUGCAAGCUAAAAAAUCGACAUAUCAAAAGAAUACAUGGCAUUGUUAUAGAAAACUCUCGGAGGUGUCACGUUUUAUGCCCAUUGUGUAAAGAAGGAAACAUUUUAAAGACUUAUGAAAAUUUACGGAAUCAUAUUGAAGAAAUUCACAAGGUAAGUAUAGAACAUGUAAAGUUUGAAUUCUGUAGCGAACAACAAUAUGAAGACUGGAGAAAUGCCGAAAAAGUGGAUACAAAUUAUGCAAAAUAUAGAACAAACUCAUGUAAGAGUUACAAAACUAUAAAUUAUGAGUGUAACAGAAGCAAUACCAAGGGAUAUGGAAGCAACUACUGUAAAAGAACUGAAAAAGCUGGUGGCACAAUAAAAAUACAUGGAGUGUGUCCUUCAAAGUUAAUUGUUAAGAUUUAUAAUGAUGGAAAGAUAACUGUUGACUAUUGGAAAACUCAUGUUGGCCAUCAAAAAGAUGAAUUAAGAAGUAAGCAUUUGUCAGCAGUAGAGAAGAAUAUGGUGAUUGAAAAAUUAAAGUCUGGUGUAUCAGUAGACAGAAUUUUAGAAGAUGCAAGAAAACUAGAAAUGCCUAAAUUGGAACGAAUAAAUUUGUUAAAUAGAAAAGACGUUGCAUAUUUAUCCACUAAACACAAUAUUGAAGGAAGAAGAGAUAAAAAUGAAAUGGUAGCAGCUGCUUUGAAAGUUAGAGAAUGGAAUAGAGAAGGCAAAAAUUUUGCAUUUUUCUUCAAACCGGAAGGAGAGACUCAUGAUAUUCUCAAGAAAGAAGAUUUUGCUUUAGCCUUUAUGAACUCUGCAAUGGAAGACAAACUUCGAAAUUUCACGACGAUUGUUUGCAUGGAUGGUACACAUGGGACAAACAAAAAAGGACUGGACUUAACAAUUAUGCUGAUUAAAGAUGAUAGAAAUGCAGGAUUCCCAGUUGCUUUCUUUUUAUCAAAUCGUUUAGACCAACAAGUACAAGAAGUGUUUUUAGGUGCUCUUAGGAUAAAAAUGCAGCAGGAUAUUAAACCUGAAUAUUUUAUGAGUGAUGACGAUCCCAAGUAUUACAAUGCAUGGAUUAAAGUGAUGACAAACAAACCACAAAGACUUUUGUGUUCAUGGCACAUUGUAAAGAACUGGAAUAUCCAAGGAAAAAAAAUCCAUGAUGUUACAAUGAGAAAACAAAUGAAGCAAGAAAUGAAAAGAAUUUUAAAUGAGACUAAUGAGAAAAAAUUUAUUGAAUUGAAGGAUGCAUAUCUGAACAAGCUGCAAGAAGCAAAUGAGCUGGAUUUUGCAAAUUAUCUUUUAAGGUAUUAUUUUCAGGAUGAAGACAGGAUUCGAAUGUGGGCCCAUUGCUAUAGAAAAAAUGCUGGAAUCAAUACCAAUAUGGCUAUAGAGAGUCUUAAUAAUUUAUUGAAGACUAAUCAGUUAAAAAGUAGAACAAGAGUAACAACAGAAAAAUUACUAGACACAAUUGAAGACUUGGUGGAGAUAAAAAUGUGGCAGAGGAUUUUCAGUAUUGAAAGGCCUAACGCUAACAAUUACCAGGACAGAAUUAUCAUUAAAGCACACAAGGAAGCUCACAGAAUAAAAAACAAAAUAGAAGUAACUGAAAAACAGCUAGGAGGAUUCCAAGAGUGUGCAAAAUAUGUAUCCAUCGAUAUCAGUGUGAUUGCCCAGAAUACAUGAUAAAAAAUUCCAUGUGUAAGCAUGUGCACUUGGUAUGUAUGUAUGAGGAGCGGAAGGGUACUAAUUCUGUUCUAGAUGAAGCUGCUGAAGUUCUGGGACAAAACUCGCAAAUUAGGAUCCAUCAUCAAGAAGAAAUUUCCCAAUUUUUAAAAGAAAAAAUGACGCAAGAGGAAGUGGAUGAAGUGACUGAACCAAAUUGGAGAAUAGUUACAGAAAAACAUUUAACAAACUGGAUACACAACUUAAACGAUGAAACUUUUGUCAGUUUUUGGAAGGACAUACAAGGGAUUAUGAGAAAAGCAGAUGAAAAAAGUAACACAACAACCACUAAGCGAAAAAUGGAAAAGCAGGAGUACUUCCCUACAAAAAAACGAAUGCAGGCGAACAGAAGUGAUUCAUAAAUGAAGAAAUGGAGAAAAUAUUGACAAAUGGUGAAAAGAAGAAAUUAUGUUAAGAGAUAUUGUUUAACAUUAAAUUUGUCGUUCAAAUUAUUAUAGAUUUCGUAUAAAAUGUAAUUUAGUAAUUUGUUUAUGAUUCUGUUAAUAUAUUUAGUCUUCUAAAUUAAAUGAGUAAAAUAAAGUUUUUAUUUACGAAUAGAA